GAAAAUUAAAUUGAGAGAGAGAGAGAGACAAAAACGGGUACUUUAGUAAGAGCCACGGACGCUUUCCUUUCUUAUUCAAUGCUUUACCGAACUCACCACCCCUUUUUCUUCCAAUUCCACACCUUUACUUCUUCCAACCCACCCUCUUCUGCACCCACCACUACCACCAUCACUACGUCUCUCCCUUCUCUUCCUUUUCAAACUUAUCGUUCUGUUCAGUGCAAAACGGAAAUGGAAUGCGUGGAAGCGGCUUUGAAAACCAGUUUUAGGAAAGAAAUGGCCUUGAAACCAACCCCACAGGCGGCUUCUGAAGAGUUGUGGGCAGUGAAGGAGCAAAAUGGCUUGGCUUGUGACGAUUUUUUUGUAGAUGAACUCCUUGACUUGUCUAACGAAGAUGGGUUUGUGAAAGAAGAAGAAGAGGUAAAAGAUAAAAGCUUUGUCUCUGACCACGAAAAUUCCAACACCAAAACCACUACUUUCACUGCCAGCAAAGACGAGUUUGGCUCCGUACCCACAAGCGAACUCGGCGUUCCGGCGGAUGAAUUAGCGGACUUAGAAUGGCUAUCCCAUUUUGUUGAGGAUUCUUUCUCGGAAUUCUCUGAGCCUUAUCCGACCGUUAUUUUAACCGACAAGCCCAAAGUGCCUGAGCCAGAACCUGAACCUGAACCGGAAAAGCCGUGUUUCAAGACUCCGGUUCCGGCCAAGGCUAGAAGCAAACGCACUCGAACCGGCGGUCGAGUUUGGUCUCUUGGGUCCCCUUCGCUUACAGAGUCUUCUUCGAGUUCAACAACCACCUCUUCGUCCUCAUCUUCGUCUCCUUCAAGCCCUUGGUUCAUCUACGUUAAUCCAGGGCAGAACCUCGAGCCGGUUUACGCUGAAGCACAACCGCCGGUGAAGAAGCAGAAGAAAAAACCCAAGGAAACUGUGGGUGGAACCCAGACUCCGAGGCGGUGCAGCCAUUGCGGUGUGCAGAAGACACCACAGUGGAGAACCGGUCCACUAGGAGCCAAAACUCUUUGUAACGCUUGCGGUGUUCGGUUCAAGUCGGGUCGGCUCUUACCCGAAUACAGACCCGCUUGUAGCCCGACUUUCUCGAACGAGUUGCACUCCAACCACCACCGUAAAGUGCUGGAGAUGCGGCGGAAGAAGGAAGUGCCGGACGUGACGACUCAGUCCAGUUUGGCUCCUGCGGUUGUGCCCAGUUUUUGAGUAAUAUUAUAUUUUUUUCUUAAAAAAAAAAAAAAAAAAUUAAUCUAGUUAGAUUAAAAAUAGGGAACAGAGAAGAUAGGAAAAGAACCGGAGACAUUGAUGAGUGAACCCGGUUCGAACGGGCCCCUAGUUUAGUGUACAUUUUUUUCCAUGGUGGGUGAGGUAGGUUGAUUAGGCAUGUAAGUGAUUAGGAAGACUUUAAUAUGUAUUUUUUUUUUUAAUUAUUACUUAGUAUUUUUCUAUUUA